UAUGGCUUCCUUAUCAAGUGAAAGCAAUACCAAGGAUAGUGAAACCUUAAAAGAAUUAUUGAAAUAGAGACCCAGAAUCUAAAAAAAAUAACAAUAAACCAAAAUUAACAAAUCCAAUUCAAAUCCUAUUUGGAAUCCAGAAGAUUUAAAGAAAUUAGAAAAAUGUGUUUCUAUUUUAGGAACUGAUUUCGAUUUAAUAUAGUUAUUAUUUAAGAAUCGAACUAGAAAAUAAAUUAUGGUUUGUAUUUUUUCAAUUGAUUUUAAAACUAUAGAAUAAAUACAAAAAGGCUAAAAUACAAUAUGAUCGUAAACAUAAAGAAAAAUUUUUAAGAAUUAAAGAAGCACUCAAUAAAGAAUAGGAAGUCUAGAGGCAUCGUUUAGGAAGCAUAGAUUCAAUUGAUUUAGUAAUAAAAAUGUACAUAAUAUUAGAAUAUUGCAUUAGAUAUUCAUGAACUUAGCACAAAAAAGGAGUGA